GGCGACGCGCGCGAGCAGCCUCAGACGUGGCAGUUGGGCGAGUGAGUGUCCCCGAGCGGCGGCGCGCGCGGGCAGGCGGGGGGCUGCGCGCGGCCCACAGAUUGUUAGAGGGACAAUACUUGGAAUAAAAAUAUUGUCAUCAUGAGUCAACAAGGUUAUGUUGCAGCUCCUCCAUAUUCCCAAUCCCAGCCAGGAAUAGGAGGCUUUUCUGCAGGUUUUGGACCACCUAAUUCUUCACCCCAUUAUGGGCAUUAUGGAGACUGUAACUCCGCAUACUCAACACCUCAGCCAGGUGUGUCAAAACCAGCUGUGCCUUUUGGAUCUUCAGCUCCUAUUGGGCCUCCACCACCUGGUACACAUCAGUUCAGCCAGACAAGCUUCCAAAAUGGGCCCGGUACACCAGGCCAGCAGCCACACAGGUAUCCAGGCCCUCCACUUCCAAGCAGUACAGGACCUUCGUGUCCUCCCUACAGUCAUCAGACACAAGCGGCGUACCCAAAUAACUUAGCUACAACACAGCUUGCUAACCAGCUCAACAGCAUGCAGAUAAAUAGCUAUGGUUCUGGCACUCCUCCAAGCUCUUGCAUGUCUUCUGGUCAUCCAGCAUCUUUUCAGAGUCCACAACUACCACCACCAACCCAGCAUCACAACGCUUUACCAUCUGGAUCACAGGUUCCUCCACCAGUAAAUAAUGUAAAUGGCCUUUGUGCUCAACCGUCAUUGCCUCCAAUGGCCAGACAAGAUGGAAUCCCUGGACCUGUUCCCCCAAAUCCCAACUUGCAACAGCUUUCAGGACAGCCUCCAGGGCCUGGAUAUCAUCCUCAGCAAGCAAACUACAGUCCUCAGAUGGCAGGAUCUCAACUGUCAUAUCCUGGUGCUUUUCCCGGGGGUCCGGCACAGCUUGCAGGCCCACAGCAGAAGGCACUUGAUCCUGACUCUAUUCCAAGCCCAAUUCAAGUAAUGGAAAAUGAUAAGGCUUCUAGGGGAGGGCAGAUCUAUGCUACAAACACGAGAGGACAGGUUCCUCCUCUUGUCACCACAGACUGCGUAAUCCAAGACCAAGGUCAUGCCAGCCCUCGUUACAUCCGCUGUACUACCUACUGCUUCCCAUCAUCCUCAGAUAUGGCCAAACAGGCUCGCAUUCCACUGGCAGCUGUCAUCCAGCCUUUUGCUAUUGUGCCACCAAAUGAGACUCCUCUUUAUGUUGUAAACCAUGGUGAAACUGGACCAAUCCGAUGCAAUCGGUGCAAAGCUUAUAUGUGUCCCUUCAUGCAGUUUAUUGAAGGAGGAAGAAGAUACCAGUGUGGAUUUUGCAAUUGUAUAAAUGAUGUCCCUCCGUUCUUCUUUCAACAUCUGGACCACAUUGGCCGACGGGUAGACCACUAUGAAAGGCCUGAGCUGUCUCUGGGAUCUUAUGAAUAUGUUGCUACUUUGGAUUAUUGCCGAAACAAGAAGCCUCCAAAGCCACCGGCUUAUAUCUUCAUGAUUGAUGUGUCGUACAGAAACAUAAACAGUGGCCUAGUUAAACUCAUAUGUGAUGAACUGAAGACUCUGCUAGAUAAACUUCCAAGAGAAGAGCAAGAAGAAUCCUCAGCAAUUCGAGUUGGUUUUGUCACUUACAACAAGGUUCUCCACUUCUUCAAUGUAAAAAGCAGCUUAGCACAGCCUCAGAUGAUGGUGGUCUCAGAUGUUGGAGAAGUUUUUGUUCCUUUGCUAGAUGGUUUCCUUGUCAACUUUCAGGAGUCACGAUCUGUUAUUAUCAACUUGUUGGACCAGAUUCCAGAGAUAUUUGCAGACACUAACGAGAGUGAGACCAUCUUCGCUCCUGUUAUCCAGGCGGGCAUGGAAGCACUACAGGCUGCAGAAUGUGCUGGAAAAUUGUUUAUCUUCCAUUCGUCGUUGCCAACUGCGGAAGCACCAGGAAAGCUGAGAAACAGAGAUGACAAAAAACUACUCAAUACAGAUAAAGAAAAGACACUCUUCCAGCCCCAGGUGAAUUCUUAUGAGGCCUUAGCCAAGGAUUGUGUGGCUAAUGGCUGCUGCGUGAAUUUGUUCCUUUUCCCAAAUCAGUAUGUGGAUGUGGCCUCCAUGGGUCUUGUUACAAUGUACACUGGAGGAACCCUGUACAAGUACAACAAUUUCCAGCUUGCUGCUGACAGCCCCCAGUUCCUGAGUGACCUCAGGAAGGACAUAGAGAAAAAGACCGGAUUUGAUGCAAUCAUGAGGGUUCGGACAAGUACAGGCUUCAGGGCUACAGACUUCUUUGGUGCUAUUUACAUGAACAACACCACAGACGUAGAGAUGGCAGCAGUUGACUGUGACAAGGCGGUGACAGUGGAGUUCAAACACGAUGACAAACUGAGUGAAGAUGGCGGAGCUUUAAUUCAGUGUGCUGUCCUUUACACAUCCAUCAGUGGGCAACGGCGCCUUCGCAUCCACAACCUGGGCUUGAACUGCAGCUCCCAGUUAGCUGAUGUCUACAAGACCUGUGAGACGGACACACUGAUCAACUUCUUUGCUAAGUCAGCUUUUAAAGCCAUUCUCAUCCAACCGCUGAAGGCAGUGAGAGAGAUCCUGGUGAAUCAGACAGCUCACAUGCUGGCAUGUUACAGGAAGAACUGUGCCAGCCCCGCACCAGUCAGCCAGCUCAUCCUUCCAGAUGCCAUGAAGGUGCUGCCUGUGUACCUGAACUGUCUGUUGAAGAGCUGCGUGCUAGUGGGCAGACCCGAAAUCCCAACCGAUGAGCGAGCGUACCAGCGCCAGCUGGUCAUGUCCAUGGGGGUUGCCGACACGCAGGUGUUCUUCUAUCCCCAGCUUCUGCCAAUUCACAACCUGGAUUUGAAGAGUGACACGGUCCCAGCUGCCCUGCGCUGCUCCCAGGACCAUCUCUCAGAAGGAGGGGCCUUCCUCCUGGCCAAUGGCCUGAGCCUGUUCCUGUGGCUGGGGGUUAGUGCACCCCCAGAGCUCAUCCAAGGGCUUUUCAACGUGCCAUCCUUCACACACAUCAGCACCGAGGCUACAUCACUGCCUGACCUGAACAAUCCAUUUUCUAAGAAACUUCAGUCAAUACUGGAGCACAUCCAGAGCCAAAGGCCUUACACUAUGAAGCUGAUGAUAGUGAAACAACAGGAGCAGCCAGAGAUGCUUUUCCGACAGUUCCUAGUAGAAGACAAGAGUAUCUAUGGAGGAGCUUCUUACAUGGAUUUCUUAUUCUGUGUUCACAAAGAGAUCUGCCAGCUGCUCAGUUAAGGAAAUUCAAGAAUAAUUUGUCAGAUUGCUUGAUUUUGCCUGAGGGACAGCCAUUGCUGCCUGGCUGGCCCACGGCUCCACCGCACCCAGGCAUCUGCUCUGCUUUAGUGAACAAUUUCUGUGCUCUUUUUGUACAGUUUCAUUGCCCACAACCUCACCCUUGAGUAUUUAGCUUACUUAUUAAGCUGUAGAAUAGGAAGUUCUGCACUCAGGUAUCAAUCUUCUGGGAGUCCUGCCUCUUGCCAAGUGAAAUACCAGAUUUCCAACUGUCAGUGCUUAAGAGCAUGUAAGCAUUUAUUAAAAUAUCAUUCAGAAAACUCGUUAAUUACUCCUUUUGCUAGUUGUACCAGAGGCAGGAAGGAAGCUAGAAACCUAGACCA